GUCUCUGACGUGACAGCAUGAGAUUAACAGAGUCAGGUCAAGAGAGUAAACCAUUGUCCGUCUGCUGGCAGGCGCUCUUGCUUUUUUUUAUUAGCGUCAGCAUUUUAUCUCCACACACUGAAAUGCGCCUGCUCUUCCUAGCCUGCUUAAGUCCUAAAACAGGGAACUGUACCACUGCCGAAAGAAUAAGGAAUCACAUCGUGGCUGCAGGACACACUUGUGUACUGUGUGAUACAAGAGAGUUUAGUUCUGCCUCUGAUGUAUCAUCCCUGAUGACGCAAGAGCGGGUCGAGGCUGCACUGGCUAUUCAUCUUUUCAAAGGAGGCAGGCUUCUUUUAGAUGCUGGAGUGCCGUUCGGAGUGGUCUUUGGAGGGACUGAUGUCAACGAGGACGUAAAGGAUGAGCACAAGCGAGCUGUGAUGGAGGAAGUUUUGCGCAAGGCCAGGUUUGUUGUGGCGUUCACCGAUGCAUUGAAAGAACAGGCUCAGCUGCUCCUGGAAUGUGAGAACAAGAAGAUCUGUGUGCAGCCUCAAGGGAUCGAAACCAAAAUGGCAUUACAUUUCUGUUGGAGCGACUUCUUACACAGCACAGGUGUGCUUACCAAUCAAGUGGAAAAUCUACAUGUUUUUCUGCUGGUAUGUGGACUCAGACGAGUUAAGGAUCCUCUGUAUCUUUUAGAAGCUUUUGCAGAAUGGCACAGUCAGAACCCUCUAGUGGUCCUCAUCAUCAUUGGCCCAGUGAUAGAUCCAGUGUUUACCACAGAGGUUGAGGAGAGUGUCAAGAGGUCUGUUGGAGUGUUUCUGGCAGCUGAUUUGAGUCAGGAGGAGCUGCAUUCUGCCAUGCAGAAAUCAUUUGCCCUGGUCAACUCGUCUCUCUCAGAGGGAAUGUCUGCUGCCAUCUUAGAGGCAAUGGAUUUAGGUUUGCCUGUUUUAGCGAGGGAUAUUCCUGGAAAUGCUGCAAUAGUUGAGCACAAGGUCACAGGAUUGCUGUACUCAAGCCCUCAGGAAUUUGUAAGCAUGUCCAGAAAGCUUCUGGAUGACCAUGAACUACAGGAAAGACUGGUGAGGAAUGGAAAGGAUUACAUUAGAACGUGCCACAACCCAGGGAAGGAGAGAAUAACCUAUCAGAAACUGGUGGAGACUCUUCGUUGACAGUAUGAUGGGAUUAACAUUUGUCUCAGGUCUCAUUGAAGUCUGUAUUGCAUAUUUCAAUUGAAAUGCAAGCCUCUCCCAUGAUUGUAAAGAUAACGGUGGCAAUUUGUUUCUGGGAAAUACUGUAUAUAUUUAUAGGAAAUGUUGACUCACUAGGUAUGAAAGGGACACACAAUUUAAUAUUCUCAGAGCUUAAAUUGCAAUUUAUGAGGUUUAGAAGAAGGUCUGGUGAUGGAUCUUGCAGUUUUUCUUUUUUUGGAGAAUUGUGCACUCUUGCGGUGUUUGUUUUGUCGUGAUGCUUGUUGCGUAUAAAAGUGCAGUGCCAGUGUUUCUACAGUAGUUGUUACUACAGUUUUCUGGGUUAACGAAUUGUGUUGACGUUUUAUUCUAGCAAGAAAGAGUCCCCCAUAAGGAUGAUCUCAGCUUGAAUCAAGCAGACAGCUUGCAUUUAUGUGCACAUAUAUAAUAUGAAGGGACAAACUAGACAUAUGACAAACUAAAAAUGGCUACAAAUUACUAUACUUGAUUUCUCUAAACAAAUGUAAAGGGAAUAGCAUUUUCCGGAGGCUUGUGGAAGGAUCCACUAAAAUAAAUGGAUCCAGUUUUAGAGGUGCCACAUCCAGCUUGUUCUGGCUCAAGUUAUGCCCCGCUUUUAACUGUAGGAAAAAAAUUAAAGGUUUAAAAAUGUUAAACUGUCAAUCUCCAGAGACCAUUACCUGUCAGUCAUAAGCUGAUUCAGCUGCCAAAAUCUCUAAAGCUCAAAUGAUGAACAGUGAUGAUCUCACAAGAUUGUUCUGAUUAGCACAUUUUAGUCUUGAAAGGAUUUUUUAAUUUAUUCAUUUAUGUGUGUUUGUUCAGGGAUUAAGGUUUUUGCUAAAUAUAUUAAAUAUUUAUUAACUAAGACUGUAUGUCUCAUAUCUUAAACCACGACUUUGCAUGAUUGUACCUUUGUUUAAUUUCAUAUAUGGCACAAUAAAAUGAAAUAUAAACAUUUGUA